AUGGUCGGCGGGCCUGACGAAGACGAGCACUAUGAGGUCAGGGAGCUCGGCCACCCCAAUAAGGCACACCGCAAGAUGCCCUCGACCGCAGACAUUGAGGCGGCCGAAGCAGAGGCGCUCUUUGAUACCCAAAAUGAGGACGAGGACACACGCAAAGUGCCCAGCAACAUCACCGGAGCCAGAGCCAGUGCCAGAGCCACUGCAGUAACAAUACAAAAGACGGCCGGGGACGAGGACGGCACACGCAGGAACAAAUACAGAAACAUCGGGCACCCCGAGCACAACGACAGCAUCCGCGCGACGCUCAAUGAGCGACUGCUUGCGCAAAGUACCCCACUCAAGACCGAGGGCAAAACAAUGAUCGAGCAAGUGCAGCAGUCCAAGGCCAGGGCCGUGGAGAUCCUGCAGGCGAUGGAUGACGAAGCCCUUCUGGAGCUGCCCAUUGAGGAGUACAUUGUCGACGUCAAUUCGUCGUACAACGAGGCCGACCCCAAGCUGCUUUUCCCCAAGCUGCGCGCCGCGUGGACCACCGAAGAGGACCGCCUUUUGCGGGUCGGCGUGCGCGUCUAUGGGCCCAAUACUGAAUCGUGGCCACGCAUUGCCAUGCUGGUUCCUGGUCGCACAAAUAAGAGCUGCCGUAAGAGAUGGUUCCACUCACUCGACCCCACGCUGCACAAGGGCCCAUGGACGACGGCUGAGGAUGACCUGCUGCGGACCCGCGUUGACCAGUUCCCGUCGCAGUGGUCGCGCGUCGCAGAGGGCAUCCCCGGGCGCACCGAUGAUCAGUGCGCCAAGCGAUGGCGCGAGUCCCUUGACCCCGAGAUCGACCGCGGCAAGUGGCGGCCCGAAGAGGACCUGCUUCUACUGGCAAAGUUCGAAGAGUUCGGCACGCAGUGGCAGAAGAUGCGACAUUUUUCAGCGGCCGGCCGGGUCUGCACUGCCGCAACCGGUGGAGGAAGAUCCAGCGCAUCAUCACGCAGAAGGAGAAGAAGUCCGGACCCAUUGCCGCCGACGAGCUGA